AUGGAGAAAUUAAAACAGUAUAGAGAGAGCAAUUUAGAUUAAGAAUUUAAUGGCUACAAUGAAUGUGAAAGAAUAGUACUAAAUAAUAUGAAAGGCAAUUUCAGUGAUUUAUGUCUCAGUAUUUAAUAAUCCUUAGACAAUGACAAAUAGAGAUACAUAUCUCAAUUUUCUAUGGUCAAACUGUGUUUUAGACUUACUCUAAAAAAGAAUGAAGAAUUCCUAUUUGCUCAUUUCUAAAAUAUAGUCCUACCUUCAAUUAGAAGCUACAUAUUCAAUAAUUAAAAUUAUUCCAAAGAGCUUGAACCAAAAGCAUAAUAAUUUAUUCUAUCUUCUGUUAUUUUAUGUAAAGAGUUGCUUAGUUUUUGGGCUCAUGCAUAUCCGCAAACAUCAGAUUACUCGACUUCUAAAUUUUUGAGUGAGUACUAAAUAUAUAAAAAAUAACAAAAAGAAAAUGCAAUUGUUAUAACUAAAAAGAAUCAAUAUACUUACCUUAAACAAAAUUUUUAUGUAGAUAAGAAUUACAAAUUUAUUAAGGAUAAAUGGAAGAGAUAAAAUUUAGUCUCAGACUUUGUGUCUGAUGAGGAACCAGAGACUUAAUCUAAUUCUAAUGAUAAUAAAGUAAAUAACACUUUUUAAAAGGAAAUUCAUUAAGAUAAUAAGCCAUAAAUUAUAAAUAAUGAUUAAGCUGAAAAUAAAUAGGAGGGUAAAUAAAUAUUGGAUAAUCUUAACAAAUAAAUUAGUGAGAGGAAAAAAGAGUUGGAAUAGCUGGAUACAUUGGUUUCUAAGAGAAAGAAGGAAUUAUAACAAUUAGACAAUUCAAUUUCUAGUCAACCAAAAACAGCUGAUUCUGAUUAAUCUCAUACCUCUAGAAUGUUAGGCUCUUCUCAAAAUAAUAAAGACAUUUUUGAUUCUAUGUUUAACUUUGAUGGCGAAAAAUUUCCCAUCAAAAAAUAAUAUGAAGAUAUACCCUUAGUUUCAAUUGAUACAUCAUACCCACAAAAAAAGCGAAGACUAUUAGAUGGAUAAGGGGUCUUUCAUGUUCAAGAGAAUUUCUUACUAGCCAGACAAUAAAAAAUAUAUGACAAUACCAUUGACGUUGCUAUAUAUUUGAAAUGUAUUGAAAAACCUAUGAAGGAUUUAUAAGUCUAAAUUAAAUGCGAAGAUCGUUGUAAUAAUAUUAAUAUCUUAGAAUGUAUUUAUCCUAACUUAAAGGAAAAUAAUAACCUGGAACCAGAAUAACAGAUCAGAUUAGAACUUAGAAACAUCGAUAAAUCUUUGCUUACUCAGAACGAUAUUGAAGUUGAGAUAAAUAUUGAUUGGUAAUAAGGUUUCCCAGAAAUAAUUACUUUUUAUUUGAAACUCACAAAUAUUGUCACUUAUAAUUAUGCAAUAGAAUAAGAGUUGGUGAAGGAAUAUCAAAAUAUCCCUAAAGUUUUAAUUUCCAAACAGUUUUCAUUUGACUCUGAAGUAUUCCCAAAUGGAUUGGAAGAUGUGUAAAAAUGCAUUCAAUAUUCUAUAAAUUAUAAAGUUAAGAAUUAAUUAUUGUUAUCUGGAAGUUUAAAUAAAAACGCAUUUAUUUGCAGAAUCACUUUAGAUGAAGAAGGGAAGGCCUCGGUAAUUAUAAAGAAAUUAUAGAAUGAGGAAUUAGCCAAAAGAUUAACAUUAGCUUAUAUUGAAGCAUUACAAAGAAUUGAUUGA